AUGUCCUGCUACGACCUGUGCCCCCCCAGGAGCAGCGCUGACCUGUGCCCCCCCAGGACCAGCGUGGCCGUGCCCCAGCCCAUCGCUGAGAGCUGCAACGAGCUGUGCGCCCGCCAGUGCCCCGACUCCUCGGCCUUGAUCCAGCCGCCGCCCGUGGUGGUCACCUUCCCCGGGCCCAUCCUCACCUCCUUCCCCCAGCAGGCCGUGGUGGGCUCCUCCGGAGCACCGGCCUUUGGCGGCUCCCUGGGGCUGGGCGGCCUCUACGGCACCGGCGCCACCCAGGCCUCGGGGGGCCUCUGCACCUUUGGCAGAGCUUACGCUGCUCCCGCCUGCAGCCCUUGCGCCCUGCCCCGCUACAGCAAGAAGUUCUGGGACACCUGCGGGCCCUGCUAG